CGGUCUGCCUAUGUCACGGCCUGCGAAGCCGCAAGUCGGUCCAGCCGCCGGAUGCUUCCGACAAGACGACGAACUCCGGGCGUCGUCUCUCUGGCGACUGUGGAGAUUCUCUCCGCGCUGCGACUCUCUCGGCCUUCGCGCCUCUCCGAUCGUCGGUGGGAGACAACUUCAGCUCGAUCGACUGAGGAGUGAUCCUCCCAAAUCAGAAGAGAACGGCAAUCAGAACGUCGUCCGAAUCCGCGAGCACACACCCCGAAGCGAUUGCAUGAAUACGCACUCGCGAGAACGAGCUGCAGAUGGUGAUGUCCGAUAACACCAGGGGGCUCAUACUGGCGGUGGCCUCGAGCGCGUUCAUCGGAGCGAGCUUCAUCUUGAAGAAGAAGGGCCUCAAGCGCGCUGGUGCUGCUGGUACUCGCGCAGGGAUUGGAGGAUAUACAUACUUAUUGGAGCCGCUUUGGUGGGCAGGAAUGGUCACAAUGAUUGUUGGAGAGGUUGCCAAUUUUGUGGCUUAUGUUUAUGCUCCAGCUGUCCUGGUGACGCCUCUUGGUGCAUUGAGUAUCAUAGUCAGUGCUUUUUUGGCACACUUCAUGUUGAAGGAACGGCUGCAAAAGAUGGGCAUCGUAGGAUGUGUCUGUUGCAUCGUUGGUUCAGUGGUGAUUGUAAUUCAUGCUCCUCAAGAGCAUACUCCAAGUUCAGUCCAAGAAAUUUGGGAUCUAGCUACUCAACCAGCUUUUCUUAUUUACGUUGGAGCAACAAUAUCUACAGUGUUAGCUUUGGUGUUGUAUUUUGAACCUCGCUAUGGCCAGACAAACAUACUUGUCUACUUGGGAAUAUGUUCCCUGAUGGGUUCACUUACGGUUGUCAGCAUAAAAGCUAUUGGUAUUGCGAUAAAGCUUACUUUGGAGGGGAUAAGUCAAAUUGCUUAUCCACAGACUUGGUUCUUUGUUACAGUUGCUGCAGUUUGUGUCAUCACUCAGUUGAACUACCUUAACAAGGCAUUAGAUACAUUCAAUGCUGCCAUCAUUUCACCAGUAUAUUACGUGAUGUUCACGACUCUGACAAUUGUUGCUAGCGCAAUAAUGUUCAAGGAUUGGUCAGGUCAGACUGCAAGCAGCAUAGCAUCGGAGAUAUGUGGAUUAAUCACUGUACUUUCAGGAACAAUCGUACUUCAUUCAACAAGAGAACAGGAAUUAGCUAAUGCACGAGGCAGCGUGACGUGGUAUGUUGGUGGGGAUUCCAUAAAACGUGUUGAGGAAGAACAUCUAGUCACAUAGAACAAUUCAGAUUACUUGGAGCAUUGAGAGUUUACAUAGAAUGAGCUCCAAGAGAGUUUUCUCCUCUGGUUCGGGAAAGCUUUUUCAUCAUUUGAAAACUCUACCCAGCACUUUUUCUCGUUGUUGACAUGGAGAGAGUCUAGUGCUUUGCCAAGCAAAGUUUGAGGGACCCAAUUUGGCUGGUGCGCACCUCUGUUAGUCUCAAUUUGACAAGCCUUGAGCUGGGGUUUUGAAAUGAAGAAUGCCCAUUUUCUAAGCCCUUUCACUGAAAUCCACACUGGAUGUGCUAGCGCCGCCCUAUUAACCCGGAGGUCCCCAGACAUGAAGAAAUCGGCAACGGAGCAAUUGUCUCUGUACAUAUGUUCUGACAUUUUCUUCAUUCAGCCAUUUUUUAGUGUUUGCCUAAGUUGUGAAUGAGCGCAUCCAAUGCUGAUGAGGAAGUUUUGCUUCUAAUAAUAAGGAUUGUGGCUUCAAUCUCA